CAAUAUGUGAUAUCUUGUUAUUACUGUAUAUCCCGUAUUACCAAAAGUGUGUGAAUUCAAAUCAUUUGAGUAGAGUUUUAAAAAAAAAUAGUUUUCUUGUUUGUAAAUUGAAAUGAAAGGCACAAUGAAAGAGUUUUAGGAAAUGGAUUUUUAUGAAGUCAUUUAGAAAAUAUUUUGCUGUAAAAAACAUCAGAAUUUUUUUUUACCAUGAUUUAAUUUAUAGAAGGAUUAAAGUGUAUGACAUUAUAAGUACAUAGAUAACUGCACAAUUCUGCUAAUGCACUACAGGCUAUAUACAUAAGUUUAUACAGAAUGUGUGGUGUGUGAUAUUAAUUUAUUGCCCUGCAUAAACUAACUAUAUAUUCUGGCAUUAACCGUUUGUUGACAGGAUUAUAUUGCUUAUUUCAGUCUUUCUUAACCUGGAUGAGGUUGUAAUAAACUUUCAGAAUUUUUAGUAAUACCAUUUGGCCUAUAGAAUUCUCAUGGUUGUGAUGUUACUUUUGGGGAAUACCCAGAUUAAUACUACCUAAUUUGCUAUUCCUUUCACUCAAUUUAUCCAAAACUGGCUUAAUGUUUAUAUAUCCCAAGACUCUGGGGGGUGUAUACUGCCCUGAGACCAAAAACACAGUUUGUUGCAGGCAACUAACUCUUAAAAGAUCUGCAGAAUAUGCUUUAAAAAAACAACAACUAGAGGAUGUUUACAAUCUAUAACCAGAUUACAAACAAAUAUUUAGGCAUACUUAGGGGGCUUAGAUGUAUCUAUUUAAAAUGGCAAUUAUUUAUUUUAUUUUUCCUUUGAGUAGCAGAUUCAAUGCUAAAUAACAAUUUGCAUCUGAAAACCAUGUUAGUUUGAAAAAAAAAUUGUAAUACAAGUAGUCCUUGGAGUAUGAUGGCAAUUGGGACCAGGAUUACUAUCAUUAAGUGAUGCCGUUGUAAAUUCACAACACCACAUGACCGUAUUGUUAGCAACAACAAUUCCAAUCCUGGUUGGCAUCAUAAUCCAAGAUGCACAGGUUGUUAAACAGGAAAGCAUGGAAGUUCCAGGUAAGGUAUUUGGGGGUGCCAAGGGGAGGGGUAAUGGCCCUGGGAGUAGUGGUACAGGCCACGUGCAAAUUCAGAAAGUCUGGGGCAUGAGAAUAUGGUGGACCACAUGUACAGGUAGACACGAGGUAAACAUGCAAUGGGGUGUGAGCCAAGAAGCGCUGGGUGAUGGACAGGGUGGAGGGGCUGGGGGAACUUACCAGAAUGUCUUGCAACCUUCCCUCAUUGGCUUCCCCAUUGACUGUGCGGUAUGAAAUUGGCAGGAAAGGCCAUAAAUACCAAUCACGUUAUAACUAUUAUAAGCGCAAGCUGGUUGCCAAACACUUAAUCAUUGACAUGUGGCUAUGGGGGCAUUCUAAAUUAACAUCACUUGUAAUAUGAAGCAUAAAGAAUGCUAAAAACAAGAAAAACACUGCUCAUAGUAAAAAUCUUAUUUAUAAUGGCUUUGCUUAACAAAAACUAAGAUUUGGCUGUGAGAGUGACACAGAAAAUCCUAUGUCUACAUAGGAUAGAAAAACUAGAAAACAGAAUUUCUCAAACUUUUUCAGGCUAUAGAUAUUAAAGAAAAAUCCAGGAAUAUCUGGUCAAGACACAAAAGAGUAGUGAUGAUAAAAAUCAGCCAAGUUCAAAUGAACAUCCCCCCCCUGCACUUUAGUAUCUCAGUAGUAUAUCAACUUCUAAGCUUUGUUAUGGAACGCACCAACGAUAUACCAAUGGAACAAUAUACUCUUUCCCCCCCCUUCUGAUUCAUAUAUGAUACCCAUAUUCUGAUUAUUUUGUCCCGUUUUUAAUAAAGACUUUAUAGUGGUACCAUAUUGUCUGAUCCUGUUUUCUUAUUUGACAGAGUGGCAAUAAAGUGUCAAUUACUACUACCCCAUUUGAAAAUACCUCAAUAAAAACAGGACCAGCUAGAAAGAAUAGCUAUAGAGGCCGAAUGGUUAGACGGAGUAAGAAAACAAAAAAGAAGGAGUGCUUGGAAAGGAGGAACAAAUUCUUCCCAAAGUAGUUCUCCAAGUUCAAGUGCACCCAAUUCUCCAGCUGGCUCAGGACAUAUUAGACCCAGCACACUCCAUGGUUUAGGACCCAAGCUUGGAGGAUCAAGAUACAGAUCUGGAAGGCGCAAAUCAGCUGGCAAUAUUCCCCUUUCACCAUUGGCUAGGACUCCAUCUCCAACACCUCAGCCAACCUCUCCUCAGCGAUCUCCAUCACCCUUACUGGGUCAUUCAAUAGGCAGUGCAAAAAUAGCCCAGGCUUUCCCCAAUAAAAUGCAUUCGCCUCCCACUAUUGUAAGACAUAUUGUCAGACCUAAGAGUGCAGAGCCACCAAGAUCCCCACUGCUCAAAAGGGUUCAGUCAGAAGAAAAACUUGCUCCUUCUUAUGGCACUGAUAAGAAACACUUAUGCUCGCGCAAACACAGCUUGGAAGUAACUCAGGAAGAGGUUAAUAGAGAAGCAUCCCAGCGUGAUAUAACCCUUCAGAGUCUGGAGGAGAAUGCAUUGGAAUCGCCUUCGGUCACACGAGUGAGGCCUGCUGAGCAAGGCUGUUUAAAACGCCCCCUUUGCAGGAAACUGGGCAGGCAAGAAUCUGUUGAUGAACUAGACAGAGAAAAAUUAAAGUUCAAGAUAGUUGUGAAAAAACAAGAUCUGGCAGAAAAACAAGAAUAUUUGCAGAAAACAAGUUCAUGUUCAAAACAUGAACUUUUCAGUGAAUCAGAAAACCUUAUUAUCUCAUGCCUGGAAGACAAGGAUAGCAAAAAAGUGUUUCACAAAGCAUUGGAAAGAUCAAAUCACUCUGAAGUUAAAAUUACAGCUUUGGAGACACAGUCAACAGGUGGCAUACUGAAAGACACCCUUCAGAAGAAUGCAAACUUGAAGUCCAAAGAAUACAGUGCUUCAGACGCAUGUAUCUCAUGUCAUAGCCCUGCACUUAAUGAACUUAGUCAUUUGUCUUAUGAUUUCAAAAGACUUUCCCCUCCGUGCACAUUGCUAGAUGUUCUGCCCCCCUCACCCGAGAAGUUGGCAAAUGGAAAAGAAGGGAAUGUAGAUAAAAGUGCAUCAACAAAAGAAUUUGUCAAAUUUGAAAAAUUAGAUAGUAAACUUGCAAAUAUAGAUUAUUUUCGAAAGAAAAUAUCUUCCGAAGAAAGUGAUGACAAUUCCAGUCCAGUGCUAAAGCCCAAAUUGGCAGCAAGCAUACUUGAAUGCCAACAGCUUAAUUCAGCUAAGCCUAUAAAUAUUACGCAGAAUUCCAAUUCGCCUGCUGAAAGUCCAUCAUUUCUCAGCAGUGCUCACGCUGCUCAGAUUAGUUCUGUUCCUUUUGUUCCCCUCAAAACCUUGAACAGCAGAGCAGAACCUGGCAUGGAGAAAUCCACCUUGAUCUCCACAGAAUCAUUGGCCUGGAAGAGUUCUUCAGAUUACAAGCUAGAAGGAAGGUCUGUUUCUUGCUUGAAACCAAUUGAAGGUACAUUAGAUAUUGCUCUACUUUCAGGGCCACAGGCUUCAAAGGCAGAAGUGUCUUCAUGUGCAUUCCAAGAUGACCAGAGUAUUAAAAGCGAUCAACUCCCCCAGUGUGACAAUAGCCUAAAAGCUGAGCCCUUUACUCAGAAGGUGCUACCAACUAUUCAGCAAUCCAGACCCUGUAAAGCUGAUCUUUUGGAGCUGCAGAGCUCAAAGCCUAAUAAAAAUACCCAGCAUUCAACUUCAGCAUCUGUGAUGAUUGAACAGCAGUCAAAAAAAUCACACUCUAGUCUCAGUGUUAACAAUGACUCAUCUGUAAGGGAGACCUGUCAAAAAGAAGAGACACUCCAGGUUGGUACAAACAAUAUGAAAUCUAAUGGCUUCCAAAAUCAGAAUCCUGCUAUGAUAACUUGCAGAGCUACUCAAGGACAAGGAAACACUGAAAAGGGCAAACGAAAAGAGAAGAAGCAUGUUAAAGAAGUUUUGGAGAGCCACAUGAAAACCGAACAGACUGAUGAUGAGAGGACUGCAGAUCCCUCAGUGAAGAGCCUCGUUCCAAAUUUGGUUUCGAAUCAAGACUCUAAGCACAGUCAAAGGUAUACUUUGGAUUCAACUGCUCAUUUACAAGCAUGUGGCACAGCAAAAGUACAGGCAUCAAAUUCCAAGGCGAAGCCCAAAGAUGUCAAAGAUAUGCUUAAACAGGCUGCAAAGGAAGAUGAAAACAUCACUGGAGAAUUUUCAGGAAAUGAAUUUGGCAUGCCUAAGCCGAAAACGAAUGCUUUGCUUUCCCCAAAGUGUUUCAAUUCAGUUAAAAUAGAAAAAACAAUGGUUGCUGCAACUGUGCAAAAGGAUAAGCUUCGAGACCUGGGAUCAAAAGAGCAGAGGCAAUCUAAAAACACACAGCCUCCGACUGCUGAUAAGGAGCCUAAUUUUGCUUUUAAGCCGCAAAGUAGCAAUUCUGAUGUUCCUGCUGUAAAAGAACCAUUCAACAGAUCCUCUGCAGCAGAUGUUCCUGUGUGUUAUAGCAAUCAAGAAACUCUCCGGCCUGCUAUGGAGAAUAGCACUGUGAAAUCAAAGCAGGUUCUUGAUGCUUGUUCCUCUAAAUUAAAACAUUCUGAAAAAUUUGCACAUAAACCAUUAGCUACACAGGUAAAAGAAAAAGAGAACGGUGCACUGGGAAUGGCUGGUUCUCGAAAGGAGGGGAAAAACAUAUUUAAGAUCACUUUGGAUUCUUUCUCACAUUCUUCAAGCUCUCAGAGAAAGCUAAAUAAUGCACAGAUUCAGACAGAACAGAAUGUGGUAGUAGCGUGUAGAUCAGAACCACCGGUCCAACUCAAUAGAACCGCUGCUGAAAAUCAGCUUAAAUCUUUUAGUAAAAGCCAGGGGACGGAGAAUACCAAGCUUUUUCAGAAGGAAGAGAUAGCAAGCUUAGGAGAUCCAGUUGAUCAAAAGCCAUUCCAUCUACGGAACAAGCCGAAGGUGUCCACUGCGAAAGAGUGUCCCUUGCUGAGCAAAGAAGGAGAUAAGGAUUCAAGUAACCCAACAGUCUCUCCAGAAAAACAACCUGAAGGAAGGAAAUGUACUGAUGCACUUUAUUUUCAAAGUGACAGCAGGAAAUUGGAUUCCAGCUUUUCUGUGCCUGCUUGCGAUGCCAGAGGAAAAGUUGUGGAAAAGUCAGCCACAGGUAACAAAAACUUUCAGGACUGUAAAGGAAAAGGACACAUAAAUCCAAAGCAACUGGCAGAAGGGAGUAAAUCAAACCCAACAAAACAUUCCUCCUUGACCACGUUGCAGAAUUCGUGUCGCACAGUGGGAAACACUGCAAAGCAGCUGGACAGCCCAUUCAGCUGCCCAGAACCUAGACAGAAAGCCCCUGUUUUGCCUUCCUCAAAGGCUAAAGUGCUCUCAGCAGCGCCGUCCCUCGAAGCGAGCUGCAAGGAAGUCAAAAAGCAAAGCAGCUUUUCUUCCUCCGCAGAUGGCAGAACAGAAACUGUGUCACUAUUGAACUUUCACUGUACUUCGCCCCCUAAAGAAGAGCAAAUCCUUACUUCCGAUUUAGGGGGUAAGCCCAGAGGUCAGGAGAGGUCUCACUCUGCUAGCACUGUGGACAUAAAAGGAAGAGACCCCAGUCUGCCUCAAUCCUCUGCUACAAGAAAACAGAAUGUAGGUAAAGAUUUGCCAAAGUCAGGGACUACAAAUGACUCUCUCAAUGCACUUUCGUUGGACAAAGAUUCUUCCCGGCAGAAACGAGGGAAAGACCCCUCAAGACACAGCCCUCACAAGAAGAGCUCUUAGUAGUUGCUUGCAAAUAGGACAUCUCGAAUGAAAGUCUAGUUGUCUGCCUCCCCCUCCCCUCAAAAAUCAGCACUGUGUAGUAUUUUCUUUCAGAAACAAAAGUGUGCCACUUCAGCGGGGUCUGUAAAGAAAGACUCGUGUUUUAUUCCCCUUUCAUAAAUGUCUUCCCAAAUGUUACCGGUUAAACUGUUAGCAUAUGGUAUUUGUAUAGAAGUUGAGAGACUUGAGGUAAAGUGGGCCUGGGGUUGCAGCUGGUCGUGGCAAGUUCAUGUAAAUACUUAAUGUGUUUGUUUUGAUUUACAGUAUCCAACUGCUGCUGAUUGUAUUGUUUACUCUUUUUUAGAGUUGCUGCUUUGCCACCAAUUUGCCAUAAUCAAAGAAGAAAUAGAAUUGCUAAAGCUUAGGCCUAAACCGAACCCACAGUUGCAUUUCCUCUAAUGGGAGGAUGAAAGUAGAUCUUUUUUUUUUCCUGUUCAGAUUUGUACACCGACCAUAAAAAUUUAAGAAUAUUUAGAUCUACUGAUUUCUAAUGAGUUUUGCUGCCUGGUUUACAGCACUACAGAUUCAUACUUUUGUGCAUGAGCUAGACUUACUCAUUUAAACCAGUGCUGCUUGAGCUUGGCAACUCCCAGGGAGUUGAAGUCCAUGCAUCAUAAAGUUCCCAAGUUUAAGAAACAUUGGCUUAAAUGAACAAGCUGCAAUUCUUUAAUGCACAGUGAUUGUAUUUAUUUAGUGUUGGUGUUAGGAAACAGAAAAAACUUCCAUUGUCUUCUCACAUAAUACUUCCUUGCUGGAGGACAGUUUUGGAAUAACAGGAAAUGUUCCUUUUUCUUCAUGGCAUGCUAAGUAUACUUCUUUAUUCAGGUCGUAUUAACUAUGGUUUGGCCUUUCUAAUAUGAUACUUAUGUAGAAGCAAAUGUGGUCUUAGAACUACAUUUCAUCUUUGCGAUCAUGACAAGUAAAUUUGGUCAUUUAGUGGUUCAGUUUUCUUUGCUGUUUUAUGACAAAAGUGGUGAAGGGGUGCAUUUUCCAUCAUUUUAUCUAGAUAAUAUAUUCAGUACCUGAUAACAUAUAAAUACUUAGCUGGGGCCUUACAUUGUAAAUUAAACUUGCUGUUUAUUUGCAAGUGAUGCUAGGAUUCACAUUCUGGUUGAAGUAUAUUAAGUAUCUGUAAACAUUUCAUAGCAUGAUAUUUAUUUGUAUAGAAAAGAAGUUAAUUUUUUAAAAUAAGAAAAAAAAACCAUUUUUAGAUUAAAAGGAGAGAACAUGUUGGAGCUUUUUGGGACUAGAAUGUGAGCUUAGUUUUCCUAAGCCUUGCUUUAAUUUCAUGAUUCAUGAAAUAAGUUUAAAUGGAUGACUUUUGAAGGAAACUUGAUUUGGUUGGAAACAGAUAAAAAACAUCAAAGGUUAUGAUAGACAAGAAUGUUAAAAUGAGAAGAAAAUUCAUUAAUUUUUCUUCCUUUUUAUACAAACUUAUAGAACCCAUUUAAACUUGAGUGUCCUCCAGGGCAUUUUUCCUGUUUCCUAACUACAACCAACCAAGCAUAACCUAAUUAUGAACUGACUGUUUAUAAGAUCGUUACAAGUGUUCUAAAUGCCUUUCCCUGGGGAAGAAAUAAACCAGGUGGGAUUUGUUCAUAUUUCUAAGCCUCAGAAAAUGAUAGCAGCAGCCAGUUUCUAAAUGUCCAUUUGAGUGGUUGUAUGUUCAUUUGCCACUCAUGAAUUAUUUAAAACAAGCAGAGAAGGAAAAAUGCUCUUCAGGUAUUCCUGUCAUUUAUAGUCUGAAUUUGUGCUUUGGGAAUAAAACUGAAUGCAAAUGCACCCCCAAAUCAGAAUGUCGUUCUCUGGGAAGUAUUACUUGUAUUACUUGUAUUACAAUUACUUGUACUGGGGGGGGGGGGAGUAAACCCUUUCACUUUUUUUCUUUAAAGCACAUGUAGCUAUCUUGUUUACAAAUGUAUCUUUUAAUGUAUAUUUUGUAUAUAGUGCUUUAUCACUUUUGCCAAAUAUUUCCCCUCAUUUUGAAAAUACGGUAGCACCUGAGUUCGCAUUCAUGUAAUUCCUUGUACGUUAAUGUUUACCUUAAAGUGAACUGUUAGAGGUCCUCUGAAUUGUGUAUUACUUGUCAGUCUUUGUGUGGCUGUAUAUUAUAAUGUCCGUUUGUAGUAUCCCCUACUGUUAAUUAUCAAAUUAUAUUAAAAAAUGGUUAGUAUUUCUGCAAUAAAGUAUUUGCAGUCUCUUUUUUUUUCUUUAAGAGAUCCCCAUGAUUGUCAUAAAAAUUGCCUAUUAAAUGCAAAUAUUUAUACUUGGAAGUUGGAGAACAUUGAAAUAAAAAAGGGCAUGAAAUAAA